AUGUCAACGAAGACACCAACCAAUGCCAGCACCAACAAGGGCCCCAAGAAACCAACCAAGUCGUCGCGCAAACGAAAGAAGCAGAACGAAAGCGGAGAUGAAGUAGCAACAGAAACUGAAGAAGUCGUCAAACUUUAUAAAUCACCAAGAUUCAAUGGAUAUCUUACCAUUUCUCUUGCAAGCAUUAUCAAUUAUCAUUCGGCCGAGGGUUCAACUGAUCCAAUAGAAGUCAGAUUGGUCCCUGCUUCUGAUCUGCAGCAAGCCUAUGCGAAGACUGUCAGUCUAGUGUCAGCUAUCAUAACAGGAGUCUUGGUUGUGAUCCACAUUGAUCGCUGGUUUCUUCGUUCGUUCUGGAUCAAGUUCUUUGGGCCAUCCAAACGCUACUUUGAGUUGGGAAUCAUCCUCUUUCUCCUCCUUUGGUGGUUUCUGGCUGUAAUUAUUCAAACAAGUUUCCGCGGAAUCGCUGGCGAUGGAAAGGCACAAUACAACCUUUACUACUCAACGUGGGUGUGCCUGCUUACUACUGUUGGGAUAUUAGAACGCAAGAUGGUGGAUUUCGAUUUGCCGACAAUCAGAAGCUUUGUCACCAGUUGGCCAUAUCGGGCUCCUGGCUGGAUUUCCAUCUUUUUCUUUAGCUUUUUCACCAUGUUCUGGUAUGUCGAUUUGUUUGCAAACACUUUCAACCAACGCGACACACUGCCGGACAACCUGCGAUUGUAUUGGGAAGAUAUUCCCAAAUCGCAAUACCUAUGGUUGCUUUUUAUUUCGUCGUUUACGCUGUUGCCUUGUGCGAUCUUUGUGUUUUUGGAGAUCGUAAGAGAGUCUUCCGAGGAUGUGAAAGGUUCGCUCGAGACAAUCGCAGAAGGCUUUUUCUUGGCGCUGUUGACAUGUGGUUGGAUACCGAGUGUGAUUAUUGUUACAACACCAGGAGGCUUUGCAUCUCAGCUUGGUAAUGCCUACUUUUGGACAUGGGGCACCACAAUCUGUGUCCUUGAUACAUUCUUGUGGUUCAUUCACGACUCCAGGGGAAAUGUACAACGAGCCCUGAUGGAAAAGGAGAAGGAAUACAAACAGCACCAAGAGAAGGUUUUGAAAGAGUCACAGCAGAAGCAUGUCGAAGUUGUCGACCCCGAUAUCACAUCGGCUUCAGAUGAACCUCUGCAAUCAGAGUUUGAUGAUUCAUCAGACGAGCACGUUCCAAAGAAGACGAAGGGUAGAAUUUUCUUUGCAGAGAGUGAUGCUGAAGACGACGAUGUAGAAAGGAUGCCUAUCGAGAGAGAAGACGACGGGAAUGGGAAUAUUGACAGCGAUAGUGUUGAGCAUGAACGGAGACUACAAGAAGCCAAUAGAAAGGCAUAUUUCAAUUCAUUGGAUGAUAUUCUGGAGUGA